AGCUUCCACCCAGAUGUUUGAAAUCCCGUAGAUGUGGUUGGCGUCCCCAAGAGCGAAGCAGGGUGCACGGGCCGAGCACUGAGAAGCAGCAGCCUGGGACUAGGCUGGUCCAGCCUCCCGGCUUCCAGGAGCGAAUCAGAACCCCACCAGGACAAUGAGUGAAGAGACUGUGCCCGAGGCUGCCUCUCCGCCGCCCCCGCAGGGGCAGCAGUAUCUGGACCGCUUUUCUGAGGACGACCCCGAGUACCUGCGCCUUCGCAGCCGCGCGGCAGACCUGCGGCAGGACUUCAACCUGAUGGAACAGAAGAAGCGCGUCACCAUGAUCCUGGAGAGCCCCUCUUUCAGGGAGGAGCUGGAAGGCCUCAUCCAGGAGCAGAUGAAGAAGGGGAACAACUCCUCCAACAUCUGGGCCCUGCGGCAGAUCGCGGACUUCAUGGCCAGCACCUCCCACGCAGUCUUCCCAACAUCUUCCAUGAACUUCUCCAUGAUGAUGCCCAUCAAUGACCUGCACACAGCUGACUCCUUGAACCUGGCCAAGGGGGAGCGGCUCAUGCGGUGCAAGAUCAGCAGCGUCUACCGUCUCCUAGACCUCUAUGGCUGGGCCCAGCUGAGCGACACCUAUGUCACGCUGAGAGUCAGCAAGGAGCAGGAUCACUUCCUGAUUAGCCCUAAGGGAGUUUCUUGCAGUGAAGUCACCGCAUCCAGCCUGAUCAAGGUGAACAUCCUGGGAGAGGUGGUGGAGAAGGGCAGCAGCUGCUUCCCAGUGGACACCACGGGCUUCUGCCUGCACUCGGCCAUCUACGCAGCCAGACCUGACGCACGCUGCAUCAUCCACCUGCACACGCCGGCCACGGCAGCCGUGUCAGCCAUGAAGUGGGGCCUCCUGCCUGUCUCCCACAACGCCCUGCUGGUGGGGGACAUGGCCUAUUAUGACUUCAACGGUGGGAUGGAGCAGGAAGCAGAUCGGAUCAGCCUGCAGAAGUGCCUUGGACCCACCUGCAAGAUCCUGGUGCUAAGAAACCAUGGAGUGGUUGCUCUCGGUGACACCGUGGAGGAGGCGUUUUAUAAGAUCUUCCACCUGCAGGCUGCGUGUGAGAUACAGGUAUCCGCCCUGUCUGGCGCUGGGGGAGUAGAGAACCUCAUCCUCCUGGAGCAGGAGAAGCACCGACCCCACGAAGUGGGCUCCGUGCAGUGGGCAGGGAGCACCUUCGGGCCCAUGCAGAAGAGCCGGCUGGGGGAGCACGAGUUUGAGGCCCUCAUGAGGAUGCUGGACAACCUGGGUUACAGAACAGGCUACACAUACCGCUACCCCAUUGUUCAAGAGAAAACCAAACACAAAAGUGAGGUGGAGAUCCCAGCCACCGUCACAGCCUUCGUGUUUGAGGAGGACGGCGCCCCGGUGCCUGCCCUGCGGCAGCAUGCCCAGAAGCAGCAGAAGGAGAAGACCCGUUGGCUCAACACGCCCAACACCUACCUACGGGUCAAUGUGGCUGAUGAGGUCCAGAGGAGCCUGGGCAGCCCCCGGCCCAAGACCACAUGGAUGAAGGCUGACGAGGUGGAGAAAUCCAGCAGUGGCAUGCCAAUACGGAUCGAAAACCCAAACCAAUUUGUGCCUCUCUAUACCAACCCCCAAGAAGUGAUGGACAUGCGGAACAAGAUUCGAGAACAAAACCGACAAGACGUGAAGUCGGCGGGGCCUCAGUCCCAGCUCCUGGCGAGUGUCAUCGCUGAGAAGAGUCGAAGCCCGGUACAGCAGAAGCUGCCCCUGUCUGGAGGGGGAACGUGUUUGCCUUCUGGGUCUUCAGUGCCUGGGGCUGGGCAGCAGGACCCCUGAGUCCUCGUGCCCACCCUCCUCUGUGAUCUUGGGCGCUGGUGCUCUUGCUGCAGGACGGAUGCUGUGAGGACCAGGGACAGUGUGUAAUUGCCCCCCUGUGGGUACUGGGCAGGGGAACGGCAGCCCAGCCUGCCCCAGGAGUGAUACUGACUUCCAUGCCUUACCCAUGGAAAUCCACUCUGCCCUCUGUGGGUAUCCUGCAAAGUGGGCAUCA